AUGGGUGGUAUAAAACACAUGACUGCAGGACAGACAGAAAAAAGAUGGAAGGGACAGAAAACAUGUGUGUAUCAUCCGUCAAAAAGUCUGGAACUUUUAUGUGAAGUUUGUAUGGACCUCGUGUGCAUUGAGUGCGUUCCAACUGCUCAUACUGGUCACACUUUUGUCAGUCUUGGUGAAAUUACGCCACUGAGGAAACAUGAAAUUCACCAUUUCAUUGACAGCACUGAAGAUCAACAAAUGGCCGAAAUACAACAACGUAUUUCAUCUACAUCGGACAUUUUCAAGCAAGAUGAAAAGGGUUCUGAUGAUCUCGAAAGCUAUUUGAAAAAACAAUGCGACAACAUAAAGGCCGAUAUUGAUAUUCUCAAAGUCAGGCGCUUCUCUGAGUACCACCACUUCAAAGCAAGAAAUAUGGAAACAAGACAAAUAUACAGCAGGGAGCUGGAAAUGACACAAGGAGACUUACUAAGAUAUUUACUGGAAUACAAAACACUAUUAAGAGACGACCCAUGUGAUGGACACAUGUUUGAUAAGACAGUCAAUGUAAAACCAAUUGAGAACUUGUCAACGUUGACAGAUCGCGAUGUUCCAAGAUGUACUCCACAGAAGAACCACCAAGAUUACCUUCAGCAAGACCUUGAUACAUUGACAAAUGGAUUUACUGAAAGUCUGAAUCUGUCAAACAAUACAACGUCGCCAUGGCAACUGCAAACCCCGUCAGAAGGACGCUUUCUAGAUCAUCACCUUUUUGUUCUUCGUUCGCAGUACGCCGUUCUUCCAGAAACAAAUGUACUUACAAAGUUCAAAUCGCCAAAGAAGAUAGCUCAAAUAUGUCCCACAGGCGACGUGGCGUGGAGUCUUUUAAACAACAAGAUAACGCUUCUUGACAGAACAGGAAAGAUACAGCAACAACGGAUAUACGACGUGCCGAUCAGAGCGAUCCUGGUCCAUCCUUUAACUCACCAACUGUAUACAUUUGAUGAUAACGGGAUCAUUGACCUGUCCACGGGUGCACGGGUUUUCCAUUACCAGGCAACGAUAAAACCGUUGUGUUUGCACUUUGGAAAUGACGGCUGUAUUCUGCUAGGAAUGACCGGGAAGAUAGCCAAAAUCGCACCAGAUGGAAAACAUAUCCUUACGACUACCGCGUCCGCCUCUGGAAAGCCAUUUGUCUUCACACCAAGCAAAAUUACGGAAUGUCCUCUGACAGGCAACUUGGCGUUCGUGGACCGGGACCUUCAAGAAGACGGUGGACAAGGAAAUCGGCAUGUCCAGGUGAUGGACAAGGAAUUUGAAGAAGGCAUCAAACUCAGCGUGGAGACAUUCAACGCUAAAGUUAAAAACUGGAGUAAAAGUCGCAAACAAACAUGUGAUAUUGAAUUCGACAAGGGAGGUAACCUUGUGCUUGUUGAUGGUCGUACUAUCUUUCUGAUAGACAUGAUGACCGAAAAAGCCAUGAGAACCAUUCACAUAGACAAACAUCCUGUGAUAAGUAUCGGACUCGGGAAACAAGGGGAGCUGUGGGUUACAUUGGAUGGAAAGUCAAGUAAGGUCAAGGUACUGGAGUACAUUGAAGAUCGUUCUGGUUAA